UUUUGCUGCAGACAGUUCAGUUGGAGGUGAUUGGCUUUGGCUGGAUGGGAGUGGACGGAGCAGAGCACAUUGGAUUCGAUACGGCCCCACAGCAAUGCAUACGACAGCGCAGAGUUAACAACCGUAAAGCGCACAAAUACGAGCCGACAACGGCGUUGCCAGCUAGCCGCCGCGAGCUGCUAGCGGAAGCUUUACAUCCGGACAAUAUUGCUGAUGCCAGUUUGCGGCAAAGCCUGUUGCUGUGCGCCCGUUGUGCCUGCGCUCUCUUCUCGGUUUUCUUUGGACUCGCCUUCGCCAUUGCCAUUGCCUCGCAUUGCCAUCGCCUGAGAGCCAAAAGGCACGUAAACUGGUUGGACCGUACCCGUAUUUUUCAGUUUUCAGUGCCGUUUCAGCGCUUGAGCUGCGUGCGUCGCUUUAUUCGGACUCGUUGUUGUAUGGUGUAUGUUGUGUUGCGGCGGCACUAUGGAGGUAGCCUACAACAAUGCGUCAUCAUCUUCGGCCUCGCCGCCCGCGUUCUCUUCCUCCUUCGCCUUCACGAACACAGCCAAGCUGCCAAUUGAGACGGUGAAGCGUCUCAUUGCGGCUAUCUCUCGCAGGCCCAUGCUCUGGUUGCGAAACAACGUGAGUGGCCAAAAGCGCAGCGACAUUACGCCAAUUUGGUUUGAGGUUGGCCAGGAUGUGAAUUUGCCAGCGGACAUAUGCCGGAUCAAGUGGGGACAUCUGAGGGACAACUUUCGGAAGGUAUACAUCCGAAACAAUCUCUCCAAUGAAACGCCGUCGACCUGGCGCUUUUAUAAUGACAUGCGGUUUAUGGAGCACGCCAUCCACGAGAACAUCAUGCGACAGACACGCAGCAGCUGUAAGAAGUACCCGCCAGGACACUGGACGGAGAACAACAAUAUACUGGACGAGAAAUAUGACGUACCCGCCGUGGCCACGGAGCCAAUUUGUGAACUGAGCGAUAGCUACGACUCGGACCUGCCCCAGCCAAGCUUCUCCGACAUCAGUUCCUUUUUCGAGGACAGAGACUGCCUUCCAGCUGAGCCUCCGGACAGGAAGCGGAUCAAACUGGAGCCCAGCCCCCCCGAGGAGGAGGAUGACGACGACUUUGACGAGGAUGCUGCCUCGGAGAACGUGGAGGAACGCACAAAGCGCAGCGAGACUAUAAACACACCGGACCCAAGUCUCUUCACCAUCGAAGUGCUGGACGACGAUGAGGAGGAGCUGGAGUUGUCCAGCUCCAAUGUCAAGUGCACAACUAAUGACACCUCCAACAAUAGCCAGAAGACGGAGCCCGAUGUGAAGCCGGCGCUAUCACAGUCACCGACAUCCAAUUUGCCCUUUAAGUACAUCAGCAUGGAUGCAGCCACCAACACCGAGACCUCGCUGGCAGAGCUACAAGACGAUGCCGAUCGUAUGUUUCUGCUCAGCCUGAUGCCUUUCCUGCAGAAGCUGGACGAGCGGCGGAAGCUACGUGUGCGCCAGAAGCUCCAGAAUGUCCUCAUUGAAGAGUUGGAGUUUGGCUAAUCUUAGGCGGCCGGCUUCGGAUCUAUUAGCCUGGCUCUGUAGACUUUAAGCUUAGCUUACAGUAUUAUAAGCACGCGACUGAAUAACACUGUGGAUCUGCAUUCAUACUUAGCAUGUAAUCAGUACUCCUGCCCUCGUUUUAAGACCCUUCACGCAGAUACAUCAAAUGUACACUUGUGUACUAAGAUUCAUAUGUACAUACAUAUGUACUUUUACAGGCGAACAGAAAAUAGACAUUCAGCAUAGCGAUAGAUCGUCCUGCUUCAUUGUCUUUGUGUCGGAGGAUAACCUCAUGUUUUACCUGUCCCUCCUGCCCUGGCCGGGCGCACCUGCGCAGGUAGCGACCUGCGUCAGCCGCCCGCAGUUCUCUGAAACAUCGGGCUUAAUACGAUAAUAGUGCUGCAGCCAAGGAAGGAAACACGGGGGCUACAAAUUUUUGUCAGUGCAAAACGAGUUCCUUAAGGGUGUUUGGGUCUCUAUUGUCUGCCCUCUGCCUCUGCCGGUGGUGUCUGUCUCCAUCAGUAUUUUCCCGCCACACACAUGCGCCGUUAAUGUGAAGAGAAUUCUCUCACGUUGGUUUACUCUCUCGCUCUCUAUGAGCGUUUAAUUCGGCGGCGGCCACGACUUUGUAAUGCCCUAACUCUAACAUUUUUCUUAUAUUGAAUAUAUGAAAGAAGCUGGAUUUGUUCGAGAAACAGCAAAUUCACUUUGUCCAAAAGGAA